ACAGCAUCCAGAUUCUGCUUCAACUCCAAAUGACGAAAAAGUCCAUCCAAAGAAAAAUCCUUUCUUCAAAACGUGUGAAAGUCAUUUCCCUUAACCGACCAUGGAAAGUUCAAUAAAGUUCAUUGGGGUGUUGUGCUUUGCAGUCUGGGUCAAAAUAUGAAACAAAGAAAAAAACAAAAACAAUGUGGCACAAGAAUGGUGGCCCAGUUGACAGAACAUCCAUUUUGAGAGUCGCCAUUUUGUUAGCUUCGUUGCGUUAAGUCCCAAUUCUUGAUAAUUUGACAAAUCUGUAACUUAAUGGCCAAUAAUGCGCCAGUCGACAAAUAGGAUCAAGAAGUUGUGGACUACCAAAAAAAACCACGAGGUACACGUCUUGCAGACCAAAGGUUCACGGGAGAUGAAGGUUAAAAUCAAGCAGUGGAACGGCGUGGCAUCCUGGCUGUGGAUGGCCAAUGAUGAGAACUGUGGGAUCUGCAGGAUGUCUUUCAAUGGCUGCUGCCCAGACUGUAAGGUUCCUGGAGAUGACUGCCCAUUGGUCUGGGGCCAGUGCUCCCACUGCUUCCACAUGCACUGCAUCCUCAAAUGGCUCAACUCCCAGCAGGUCCAGCAGCAGUGUCCCAUGUGUCGGCAGGAGUGGAAGUUCAAAGAAUGAGCUCAUCUGGAGAACAUCACUCGAAUGCCUUUCAAAGAGACUGAUGCGUCACAAUCAGAGGAUUCUAGUGUUUCGGGAUACAUAUGCUUCUGUUUUUGUUGUACAUUUCCAGCUACUUUUGUCUUCUUCUCUGAGGCUGUCAUUGUUUGUAUAAUGUGGAGGGGUGGGUGAAUAAAUAUGUGAUUAGGAUUUAA